AUGGGGCCGCUGGACGUGGUGCGGGCCGAACAUGGGUGUCUGGAGGAGUUUGAACGCUCCGGGUCUUGCUACCUUUUCAACUGCGGGCGGCCGGAGGACCUCAAGUGUCAGUUCACGGGCCACUCCUACUACACCUCGGCCGUGCUCAGGGUCAACAGGCAGAAGCUGGAGCUCGGUUUGUGGUCAGAACAGAGCCAGCACGAGGCGGAGCUAACGAAUCUAAGCAAAGGGUUGGGGGACAUGGAGGAGGCGAUGCCGGGUCCAAGGGCACGCAACCUGUCCCCCACCACCCCCUCCCAGCAGUCCCCGCCGCCCCCGCCCCCGCCCACCCCCUCCCGCGUCACCAGCCCCACCACCACCACCACCUCCACCACAUCAACCACAACUACAACAACCACCACCAAGCCCACUCUGCCCCCCCGUAAAUGUUCCCGCUUCCAGUUCGAGUGCCACAGCGGGGAGUGCAUCGCCAUCUAUAACGUGUGUGACGGUAUUCCACAGUGCAGGGACAACAGUGACGAGGAUCCCAAGCUGGAGUGCCCCUCAGUGUCGACAGAAGGCGCGUCGUCAGUCAGUCGGCGUCUAGGGGAAGGCAUAGACGCUGGUGGGUCUGUCCAGGGCGGCGGCGGUGGUGGCGGCGGCGGCGGCCCCUGGGACAACGGUGGACCUGCCAGGGACAUGAGCCAGGGCAUGUAUGACGGCAGGAUCUUCAGGAACCGGCCCACGAUACUCGAAAAUUACGGCGGGUAUCAACAGAGCGGAGGUGCCUCCAUAUCCCUCCCUCACCCCUCUCAACCGACCAUCACCUCUCCUCUCCGUGACAGCAGCGCCGGCGGGAUUGGCAGCGGCGGCAGGGCCCUGGAGGACGAGGGGGCGGGGUACGGGGGGCGGGGGCGCGGCGCUCCCUCCUACUUCGACGCCAAGACCAGGCCGGCGUGGACUGGCGGACCCUACAACACAGGCGAAGGCGGUGCAAGAGGCGGAGGGGGCGGAGGAGGCGGCAGCGGGGGUGACUACUUGGGUAACCCCGAGAUGCGUCCUCCCUUCCGCUACCCCGACUACGGCCCGCCCCGCUACCCCGCCCAGCCCCAGCCCCGCCUGCCUCAACAGCCCCAGCAACCCCUCCAGCAGCAGUACCUCCAGCCCUCACCGCACCAGCAGCAGCCCCUUCAGCAGCAGCAGCAGCCCCCGCCACCCCCGCCCCAGCCCCAGCAGCAGCAACAGCAACUCCUGGCGUCACAGAUGAACAGCAAUCCGGUGUGGAUGGACCGGCCGGGGGGGUACGCACCUCAGGGGGGGCUGGUGAGCGCGCCUAAGGACCUCCACGAGCAAAUGCAGGACCUCCACCAUCACCACGUCCCACUCCAGCAGCAAGGCCAGGAGUACCCGCAGCAGCUGGCCGGCGGCGCCCCCCAGCAGGAGAUGACUCAGCUGGGCGGCGGCCUCAGGAACACCGAGAUGGGCAUGGGCGGCGGGGGCAACGGCAGGGGACAACAAGGGGGCGGCGGCGUACCCAGGGGCUCAUCAGGGGCCUCGUCCUCCUCCCUCGCCUCCUCACCCGUGCCACCCUCCACCCAGCCCCAAGGAGGCGGACAAAACACCACCACCACUAACACCACCACCAACAACAACAAUGGUGGAGGUGGUAGCGGUUCGGGUGGUGACGGCAAAGCUACAGACGGCGCUGGAGGAUCUGGCGCUGAAGGAGGCAAGAAGAGCGAAGUGGUCUCCUCCCAGCAGCACUUGGUGAAGGCCGCCCACGCCUCGCUGGCUCGGCUGGAGGUUAACCUGGAGGAGCUGGAGGUCGGGGCGAGAGAGCAGGACGCGCAGGCCUCAGGGGCGGUGCUGGCGCUGGCGAUGGGUGUGUGCAUCACGGCCCUGCUGGUGGUGCUGGUCGGGUGUCGCCUCCGGGAGGUGAAGCGACGCCUCAGACGACACAGGGGGCCGCGCUCCCCCUACGCCCACGACGCCGACUACCUGGUCAACGGCAUGUACCUGUAGGGGCACGAGGGCCAGGGGGAGGAGGAGCAGGAGCGGCAGCAGGAGGAGGAGGAGGAGGAGGAGGAGGAGGGCGAGGACGAGGAGGAGGAGGUGGAGUACGUGGUUAAUGAUGGGGAUGUGGAAGAGGAGGAGGAGGAGGUAGAGAUGAUUGUGAAGAGAUAUAUUGAAACGGAAUGUUAGAGGAAGAGAAAAAAGAGGAGGAGGUAAUAAGGCAGAAGGAGGAGGAGGAGGAGGAGGAGGAGGAGGAGGUGGAUGUGGAAGAUUAUGAGAAUUGGUGGAGGAGGAGGAGGAGGAAGAGAUGGUUGUGAAGAGAUAUACUGAGACGGAGUGUUAAAGGAAGAGGAAGAAGAGGAAGAGGCAGUAAAGCAGGAGGAGGAGGAGGAGGAGAAAGAGAAUGAGAUGGUGAUGGAGGAAGAGAAGAGAGAAGUGUGUGUGUGUGUGUGUGUGUGUGUGUGUGUGUGUGUGUGUGUGUGUGUGUGUGUGUGUGU